CCCGGGGCGGCUCCGCAGCCAGCCCCGAGCUCGGACGGAGGCGCCUCGCUGGGGCGGGGACCUUUCCUCGUCUGGGUAGAGACGGGAUCUUGCUCUUGCUCAGGCUGGUCUUCAACUCCUGACCUCGAGCUCUCCUUCCGCCUCAAGCUCUCCUUCCGUCUCAGCCUCCCAGAGUGCUAGGAUUACAGGUGUCAGCCACCACGCCCGGCCUGGUUCACCAUUUCUGUCUUCUGGGCCAUUUCAUAGUUCUGAAUCAUGUCUGAUAACGGAGAACUGGAAGACAAGCCUCCGGCACCUCCUGUGCGAAUGAGCAGUACCAUUUUUAGCACUGGAGGCAAAGACCCUUUGUCAGCCAAUCACAGUUUGAAACCUUUGCCAUCUGUUCCAGAGGAAAAAAAGCCCAGGAAUAAAAUCAUCUCCAUAUUCUCAGGCACAGAGAAAGGAAGUAAAAAGAAAGAAAAGGAACGGCCAGAAAUUUCUCCUCCAUCUGAUUUUGAGCACACCAUCCAUGUUGGUUUUGAUGCUGUUACUGGAGAAUUCACUGGCAUGCCAGAACAGUGGGCUCGAUUAUUACAGACUUCCAAUAUCACCAAACUAGAGCAAAAGAAGAAUCCUCAGGCUGUACUGGAUGUCUUAAAGUUCUAUGACUCCAACACAGUGAAGCAGAAAUAUCUGAGCUUUACUCCUCCUGAGAAAGAUGGCUUCCCUUCUGGAACACCAGCACUGAAUGCCAAGGGAUCAGAAACAUCAGCAGUAGUAACAGAAGAAGAUGAUGAUGAUGAAGAGACUGCUCCUCCUGUUAUUGCCCCACGACCAGAUCAUACAAAAUCAAUUUACACACGGUCUGUAAUUGACCCUAUUCCUGCACCAGUUGGUGAUUCUGCUGUUGAUGGUGGUGCCAAGUCUUCAGACAAACAGAAAAAGAAGACCAAGAUGACAGAUGAAGAAAUUAUGGAGAAAUUACGAACUAUUGUAAGCAUAGGUGACCCUAAGAAAAAAUAUACAAGAUAUGAAAAAAUUGGACAGGGGGCUUCUGGUACAGUUUUCACUGCUACUGAUGUGGCAUUGGGACAAGAGGUUGCAAUCAAACAGAUUAAUUUACAGAAACAGCCAAAGAAGGAAUUGAUUAUUAAUGAAAUUCUAGUGAUGAAAGAAUUAAAGAAUCCCAACAUAGUUAACUUCUUGGACAGUUACCUGGUGGGAGAUGAAUUGUUUGUGGUAAUGGAGUACCUUGCUGGUGGGUCACUUACUGAUGUUGUGACGGAAACCUGCAUGGAUGAAGCACAGAUUGCUGCUGUAUGCAGAGAGUGUUUACAGGCAUUGGAGUUUUUGCAUGCUAAUCAAGUAAUCCACAGAGACAUCAAAAGCGACAAUGUGCUUUUGGGGAUGGAAGGAUCAGUUAAACUUACUGACUUUGGUUUCUGUGCCCAGAUCACCCCUGAGCAGAGCAAACGCAGUACCAUGGUUGGAACGCCAUAUUGGAUGGCACCAGAGGUGGUUACACGGAAAGCUUAUGGCCCUAAAGUUGACAUAUGGUCUCUGGGUAUCAUGGCUAUUGAGAUGGUAGAAGGAGAGCCUCCAUACCUCAAUGAAAAUCCCUUGAGGGCCUUAUACCUGAUAGCAACUAAUGGAACCCCAGAACUUCAGAAUCCAGAGAAACUUUCCCCAAUAUUUCGUGAUUUCUUAAAUCGAUGUUUGGAAAUGGAUGUGGAAAAAAGGGGUUCAGCCAAAGAAUUAUUACAGCAUCCCUUCCUGAAACUGGCCAAACCAUUAUCUAGCUUGACACCACUGAUCAUGGCAGCUAAAGAAGCAAUGAAGAGUAACCGUUAACAUCAUUGUCGUGGCCUCAUAUUCUUUUUUCCAUUUUCUAAAAGAAGUCCUUUAAUAUAUGAAAAUUAUUACUCUUUUUGGGGUUUAAAGAAAUGGUCUGCAUAACAUGGAGGAAAAAAAGCAAGCUACUAUUCUCUGAGGACAAGGAGAAAAUUGCAAAAAGAAAAUUAUGACUUUCAAACGAACCCCUUCUUUAGGGUCCAAAAGGAAUUGUGGACUGAAUCACUAGCCUUACGUCUUUCAGCAGACAGCCUAUCAGGGCCAUUUAUCAUGCUUGAGAUUUGCAUUUUAUUUUGCUGACUUUGUUGUAAUAGAUACCAUUCAUUGUCCCCUUUUGGGAUAUUUUCAAUACUUGAAUGGCAGAUUCGAGUUUUUCAGAGUAUUUGUUUCAUCUGCUAGUCUUCUUUUUCUCUCCUUCAUUAGCUUUCCUCUUCCUUGACUUGCUCCUUUUGAGUUGCUUUGAGAAGUUUUUCUCAUCCUAAAUUCAAGACAAGUGUGAUAGAAAUUAUGUAGCUCCUUAUAUUGGCAAAGGAGCUCGGUAUGGUUUAACUUUGUAUAGAAGUUAGGAGCAGCUACUGUUACAUGUUAUAUUUUAGUUCAGAACUUGACCUGAAGGAAGGGAAGAAAAAGUAUGUGAUUUGUACCUUUUUUAACAAAUGUGAAAAAGUCAAUUUUAGAAAUUUCAUGGUAGUGAGUUUGGCAUUUGUUACAUGUAUAGAGAGAAGACUAAUCUAUAUUUAUAACUAACUAAAUCAUUGAGAUAGAAAAAGAAUCCCAUUGACUAUACAUUCUUACAGUUUUAUCUUCCUUUCUAUUUCUUCUUCAGAUUUGGCUUCAGGAACCAAAGUGAUUUGUUCUUGUUCCAACUUAGGCUUUAUGACUUUGGUUAGUGCCAUGACUUUUCCCUUCCCUUCUUCCCCGACCCGGCCCCUUCAUUUUGGAAAUAAAUUUUUGUAUAUGUUGCAAUUUUAGGUUUAGGUUUGUUUUUUGUUUUUUUUUAAUUAACCCUCUCUGACUUCACACAUCGCCCCACCCCGCCGUGGCAACUAAUACAAUAACUCUUGAAUUUUCUGAAUUUAAAAGUUAACUUUUUUUUUCCCAUUUAAAGGAUAAAAGUAUUUGGGGCUAGCAGAGACAAAGUGAGAGACUUAAACCUUGGUGAGCUCUGAAAUAACUAGAUGAGAUUAUAUUCAAGAAAGAGAAAUGUCAGUAUUACAGACAAGCAGCUUAUGACCAGUUAGCUGUAGAGAUAUGUCAUAAGUUACAUUGCUCCCAAACCAUUACCAAUGUUUUACUAUCUAUGAGAACUUAAAUGACAAAGUACUUCCUGAAGAAUUAAUGGGUCAUUUGAGAUGUUGAGUUACUUUAGUUUUUUGGGGUUUUUUUCCUCAAAUUUUAAGUAGAGAAUAUUCAUGUAAAAAAAACUGGAGAAAAGAAAGAUGAAAUGUAUUUGUUGAAAGAAAUACUUUUUUUUAUUUUAAAGAUUAAAAAAAGGUCUGUGACCUAUAGCAUUAAUUAUUCGAGUACCCUUUUUUUCUCCCCCCCACUUCUCUUUUUUUCUCUACUUCUCUCCUUAUUUUUCGGUUGUUUUGCUUUUUGAGUAGGUAUUGUUCCUUCUGACAUACCUGGAACCACAUUAAAGAGAAAUAUCUGUGGUUUGGUUCUGGCAUUUUGUUCCUACCAUCCCCUCCCAAUUAACUUCACUCCUGCUUGCCAUGUUGCAAUAGUACAAAUCAUGAAUAAAAAUAAUUUUGCCAUUUUGGAGUACAUUGAGGAAACUAGUAGGGUUUUAUUUCCUAUUAUUCCCAUUAUAUCUGUGUUAAGAUACAAGUAUAAAGAGAGAAGUGGCUGUUUCUUUAUUGGUAAGACAGGAAGAUUUUCAGAAAAAUGACUUAAAUAAUUAAUGAAAUUUAUAUUUAGAGCACUUAAUGGUCUCCUUUCAAUAUAAUACUUGAUUUCCUUUUUCUCUGGACUAUGUUGGCCUUCUACAGCUAUUACUAAAUUACAGGAACAAGCUGGUUUAUUUCGGUGGAAAGCUACAGUGCCUCUUGAGUUCCAAAUUUGAACAUUCUUUCUAAACAGUUGUCUGGAUGGAUUGUGAUAAAGAAGAUGCUACCAAUGAAAUAGAAAACCAGCUAGAUGAUAAGACUGGUCAUCAUGACCACUUGAGAAGGAAGGCACUUUCAUCCUAAGUCAUAAAGACCAUAUUCAUUGAAUAUGUGCCAAUGCCCCAUUUUAUGCUUGUGACUCAACAAAGGGCUUUUCAGUCAAAAGAAGCAAUUUGGGAUUUGUAUUUACAACUUCUUUGAUGGUUACCUGCACGUCCAUUGCUGGCAACGGACUUUGUCGUUAAAACCUGACUCCUAGGUUAAGGGAGCUACACUGUGGUUUAUUCUUUCCUUACUUGGAUAAACUAACCUGUAAUAGAAAUAUACUUUGGUUAAUUCUGAAAUGUGUCAUUUUUAAACAAAAUAAUCUUAAAAGCAAUACAGAUUUGUGAUUUAUUAGUUAAUUUUAAAUUAAAAUGUCCAGAUCUUGUUGAAAGAACAAUUAUAUCUGAAUCAAGAUUCAUUUUUUAAAAAUAAUUGCCUUUUGUAUUCCCUGUUUUUAUCCUCAUCUUAGGAUGAAAAUUCCCAUUUAAAUCUAAAAGUUACCUUAGUAGUCCUCUUGUUAUUAGAACAAUAUUACUAUAGUACUUAUUUAUUAUAUUUUAGACUGUCUGGUGGUCUUAAAGUUAUCUUUUUUUCUUUUUGCUGCUUUUAGGGACAGUUAAAACUGGGAAACCGUGAAAACAUUGAGCAUUUUAUCCUACCUGAAUAGUAAACAAGUAGAAUGAUUAUGUAUCGUGAGACACCAAGGCUAACACAACUCUGUCUUCAUGUGUUGGGUGCCUGGCACGUAGUAUGAAUUCUCUUCCCUUCAACAUAUAAAUAUUAAGCUGCUUAAAAUUUAUCUAGUAACCACCAAUCCUAAAUGAGCCUGUGCCUUUAACAAGCAAUUUUAAACUACCUAUGAGUAUUUCUUUAUAGGGCUCACUUAAUGUUUGUUUAUAUAUACUGUAUUCUGGCCAGAAUAAUUUUAGAUCUGAUCAGGUAAUAGCUAUAAUUAGAAAAAAUAGGUGCUUAAAGAAUUUGCAUCAGUUUUUAAAUCUAAAAUUAUUAAAAUAUACUGAGAUCCAUAUCAAGUGAAAUGUCAAAAUACUAUAGAUUAUAGCUAAAAUCGAGAUUAAUACUCUGGGUUUUUAUAGUGGAAUUUCAUAGUAAUAUAAAAAGCGAAUUAUCUCCUCUGCUCCCACAGUAGAUAAUAAUAUUUAAGCAGUUACAUCAGUUUUUCCAUAGUGUGUGUAUGUGUGUGUGUAAGAAAAAUAUACACACAAUUUUUUUUCUUCACUCAACAAAUUUAUUGAACACUCUGGCAAAGAUGCUGUGGUAGAUGAUUGAGUUACAAAGAAGAAUCAAGCACUGGCCUGGCCUUGAAAGAACUGAAGUCUUUCUCCACCAUUCUAGAAUGUUGCCAAGACAAGAGGCACAAAGAAAUAUAUGAUAAUUCUGUCAAAUUAUCAUUUUAUAUUAAGAAAAACAAUUACAUUUGGAAUUCAACAUCUUUGGUUGGAAUGUGUUGGCUUCUUUUUUCUUGUUUUGAUAGAGGUGGAAUUAAGUGAAAGUAGCUUGUCUUUUCUGUUGUGUCUUCAAAUUUUAUAAAGCCUUUUAUUUUUAAUUUAAUCCCAUUCAAGUAUUUAAUUGUUAUAUUGACAUUAACUGCUGUAUUUGAUGACUUUGUUCAAUAAUUUUGUUCUUUCAGGGCUAGAAAUAAACUUUUUUUAAUGUUUA